CCAUUUACCCCCUCAAUUCACCGAUGUAAAUUCCGAUUCGCAUACCUAGAAUCGAGUUGUGCUCUCUUUACGACGUCGGCGAAGUGAUUAUCAAUUCGCACACAACUUACGCAAAUUUCGUAGGUUAUGUGGUACGGCUCAUCCACCCACAAUAAAUUGAAAUUGCCACCGAGUCAAACGUUCGGUAUUUUGAUUUUUCAUGUCAGAUUACUUUUGGCUGUCAUCUGAAUUCGAAGACCCUCUGAGUCGUUCCGAAUAACCUUGUUAGUAAUUAACGCGUUUGUUGAUUUCCCAAAGAAAUCACAUUCUGUGAAUUUCGUCUGUGUCUCAUGACCCAUUGAGCAGUCAAGUAGACACGGACUUACGCAACAUCAUUGACAAGCUGGCUCAGUUUGUCGCACGUAACGGGCCUGAGUUUGAGCAGAUGACGAAAAACAAGCAGAAGGACAACCCCAAAUUUGGGUUCCUGUUCGGCGGGGAGCACUUUAACUACUAUCAAUAUAAAGUGACAACGGAGCAAGCCAUUUUAAAGCAAAAAGGAAUAAAUCCAAUGCAAAAUGCCGACCCACGUUUAAACGUUUCGCAGCAGCAGCAAACAGCCGCGACCGUCGCUCCAUCACAAAAUAACGUCAGUCUUGCAUCUAACCUGAACGCUCAAAACAACGGUUUAAGCCAAGUAGUUGGGAAUCCAGGAUCCGGUAUGCCUGGAAUAACUGGAGUGCCUGGAGUUUCCGGAGUUCCAGGGCCUAUCGGGGGGUCUGGAAAUGUUGGACCUCCUGUAGGAGCUGUUCCUGGACCAAUAAGGAACGUAAUAUCGCCAAUUGGAGGAGUUAAUUCUGGAGUUAACAUCGGCGGCCCUCCAGCGUGGUUACAAAAUGAACUUGCCCAGCUCCAAACUCAACAAACUACUCUUCGAGAACAAGUUAGGCAAUCUGAACAGAAUCUUGCUGCCCAACAUGCAGCGUUGAUGGCCCAACAACAAGGCAGAGUCGAGGAUGCUGUGAGGCAAGCUCAAGAAACUUCAUUGCUAAAUAACGCUCAAUUGACUAAUACGGAUCUUGCUGCGUUCGAUUCCGUUUUACAACCAAUCAUCGAGAGUUGUACAAAAGAUAGCAUCAGUGCUGGAAAGGCUUGGAUUUUGCAGAAUUCCAUCACAGCACAAAGCAAUCAAGUUGUUGCUGAACAUUUACUGAAGAAAGUAAUUCAAGGAGCAGCUUUUAGUCAAAAGUUGCAUGUAAUCUACUUGGUAAACGACGUUCUCCACCAUUGUGAAAAAAAAUUUCAUAGUGCCAGGAAAAAAUCGACCGACCUUAGAAAAGCAAUGGAAAGUGUCGUCGUCCCCAUGUUCUGCAAUACUUCGUUGGCUGCUACUGACGAGCAACUCAAUAAAUUAAAUAAACUUUUGAGUCUCUGGGAAUCUAAAAACAAUUAUUUUGAUGAGGGAAUAAUCGAGAAACUCAAGCAACCAAGUACAUCUUGGUCAGAGUAUCAGGCCAACCUUGUAUCUAAACACGCAAGUGCCAUCACACCAAUUACUACUUCGACCAAGCAAACGUUUGAAAAUUAUCAAGCUCAGCAUCAGGCGUUUGUCAAUCAUGCUAUGCGACAAAUCCAAACCAUCGAACAGCAAAAAAUUGCCAUUGACCAACAACUCAAAGCUCCUCCUGCACCACCACCGCAAUUGGCUCAACCGAAUUUGACUAUCCCUCCAACUCACAGUGGACCCCCGCCACAAAUACCUAGUGGUGAUAUGAACUUCAGCCAACCCCCACCAGGUUGGGGAGUUCCAGCAGCUACUGAACCACCUCCUUUUACUAAUGUUCCUUUACCGGACUUUUCAAAGCCACCACCCGGCUUUGGUCCCCCGCCCAUCAUUCACGAACCAUCUAUGGAAGACUUGAUGCCUAGUAUGCCGUAUUUUGAAUUACCGGCUGGCCUAAUGGUGCCUCUUAUCAAAUUAGAAGAUGGUGAAUACAAGCCACUAGAUCCAGAUGCGAUCAGGCUACCACCUCCUGCCCCACCUAGUGAUAGACUUGUCGCUGCAGUCGAAGCGUUCUACGCUCCACCAAAUCAUGAUUCUCCGAGAGAUAGUGACGGCUGGGAAAAACUUGGAUUGUAUGAAUAUUACAAAGCAAAGAACGCAGCUCGCAAACGUAAGGAAGAAGACAUACUAAGCGGAAUAAGGCAAAGAUCACGAUCGCCGUCCCCCAUUUCAAGACCACGAUCCAAGAGUCCUAGCCCUCCGAAAAAAAGAUAUAGAAGUAAAUCUCGCAGUAGAUCACGAUCCCGAUCAAAAGGCAGAAGCAGAUCGAGGUCACCAACCAGUAACCAUAGGCGCAACUCUCGUAAUAGUAAUAAUCAUAACAGUAGAAGUAGGAGAAACAGAAGAAACAGUAACAAAGAUAGAAGUCCGGACAGCAGGCGAGGUGAUAGAUCGGAUCGAAGUUUGACGCCGCCCAGCUUUUUGGGAUCGACGUAUAGUAAAGCCCAGCAAGAAAUAAGCUUAGAUGAAAGCAAUAAGGGCCACCAGUUGUUGAAAAAAAUGGGCUGGGGUGGUGCAGGUUUGGGUGCGAACGAACAAGGUAUCGAAGCGCCAAUAUCAGGGGGAGAAAUUCGAGACAAAAAUGACCAGUACAAAGGUGUUGGGAUUAAUUUGAAUGACCCAUAUGAGAAUUUCAGAAAAAGUAAGGGUCAGGCUUUUAUAACACGAAUGAAAGCGAGGGCGGAAGAAAGAGCGGAAGAAAGAGCAGAACGAGAUUGAAUUAUUUUAUAAAUAAAUCCGAUAUUUUACGUCUGAAAUUGAUAUUGACAUUAUUUCAAUUGAUUUAAUGAAUUAUUGUAAAUUAAUUAUUGUAAGUCCAAGGUGUGGUAGUGUUGAUAUGCAUACAUUUGUAUGUAUUUGUGUUUAUCACACAUUGACAUACGUGUAUACAGUGUGUGGCUGAUCGGUGACUGCCAUUUCGAGGAUUAAGCAAACAUAACUUUUUUACUCUAGGUCAUAGGACAUUUUUGUAAAAUAUACGGUUACAUAAUUAUUACAUGCCAUUGGGCACGGAAACGCCAUCAAAAUAGAAGCGAUAAAGAAUCUAAUUUUGCCUCGAUUGUUAAAGUGAAACGAAAGCCUAGCUAUAAUCUAAUUCCACAUGGUUUUAUUGUUAGUCGUUAGAGAGUCCCUCGACUCAUGAAUGAUAUUAGCCAUUUGCAUCGUGUUUCCAUAACUCAAAUACGUUAUCUGUAUGAAAUCAUAACGUAAUUGUUGUAUAGGAAUACAAGAAUACUAAAGUCGACCAUCGUGUCCACAAGAUUUAUUGAAGGAUUAUGAUGACUUGAGUCAAACAUCCAUGUGAUUAAAAAUUUUGAAUAAUUAUAAGUUUACAUUCUCGCAUGCCCACCUCCGAGAUCUCGUCAGUCCUAAUCCGUUUAUUCUCAUGAAUGAAGUUCAUUCUUUGGAUAUAGGAACGUUUAUAUCUAUAAACGAUUGUCACCAAAAUUUUAUAAAUCAAAGUAAGUUUAUUCUUGAAGUGUGACAUUACUAUUGAAAAAUUUCACGUACUUUCCAUCGGAAUUGCCACUGAAGUUUUUUUUUUUUUUUUUUUUUUGUACAUCAGACGUGUCACUUGCGAAAAACCUUUUUUCAAUGAAACCAGAUAAUCAUUGCAACAAAGGAUUAAAGAAAUUCAAUUCAAAAGCUCUUACAUCUAUAUCAAUCAUUAUUUAUAACGGAUAUUUCGCAUUAGUCAUUAUUGAUUUCAUAUGUUUAUUUCGUUCUAAGUAUAGAAGUUAUCAUCACGUUACAAUUAUGGUUGUUAUAAAUGUAACGUAUCCAUACAUCACCGCAUUUGACCUAACCAGAACAAGAAAGUCCUGUUUCAAGCAUACAAAUUUCAGUAAUUGUAUUUAUAGAAUUUAAUAAAACCUUCUGUUGGAUAUAAUUAAAUAGCUCAAUCAAAAAUAAAUUACUGUACGUUUGGUAUUUCACUUUGUGUUAUUAAUGAAUAAUUGUAGAAAAAAAAAGCAAAGAAAAAGGUAUUUCUUGUAUUUCAAUACUUCAGUUACAUAACAAACUCUGUUUUUCUCGUUCUAAUAAUGAGUAAUUCGAAAACUUUGCCCGAUAUACAUGAACUUUAUCAAACUACGUAUCUAAUUGCCUGAAAAAUAUACAUAAAAAUUACGCGUACGUUAUCGAUCCGCACUCGUUUCGUGACUGGCAUGUAAAAACAUUGCUUAUCAUGGUUCACGUGUUUCUGUUUCGAGAAAGCGUUGAUACAUCAGUUAUUAACUGGCUAUGAACGAGCUACGAGGACAUUUAAUCUUGGAUGCCCUUUUGAACCCCCCCAGUGAGAACUGAUAGCCAAACCGAUUAUAUCCAAUGCUGAACCGGUUUUAGAGAUAUCUCGGGUACGUAAACAAACCUCGUGAUCAAUACGUAGUCAGAUCUUUUGCGGUAUAUAAUACCUAAUCAAGAGACUUUGUAGAACAAGCCGUUAUUGCUUACACCGGGAUAUUUCACUACGAUAAUUCGCGCUCGUUAAUUUUUGGACAUGAAUUCUCGUUGGAUUUCAACAAACUUGGCCAAAUUUUAUUUCACUUUUGGUAAAAUCCAGUCAGCAGAACACCGAUUAUUUCUCAUGGAAUAUUUUGUGAAUACGCACGUAUUCGCUUAUCAUUUAUAAUGCCGAAAGCCUCUCUGGCGCCUUACUGUGAUUGUGAGAUAAUCGCGGACUUUUUGUUCGUUAUUAUUUGUUUUGUUUUAGAUUACGAUAAGGAAAAUGUGUGCGAUUGACAUUAGGAAAUUCGUAAUUUCAAUAACAAACCAAAACGAAAAAAUAGGAUGAAUAAAUUAUAUGAACGCCAAAUUAUUCCCGGCAAAUUCUGUUCGCGUUUGGUCUUGUAUUUAUUCCCGAAAUUGUCUGGCAAGAGCUUCCAUACAAUCAAAGGUCUUCGCUUUCAUCUAAAAUGGCAUUGUCCACUGACGUACGUUCGUAGCAUUCAGGGUCUUACCCACUUCAAAAAAAGAAGGCAUAGCUGCGAUUCAAAUUCUUGGAGAUCGCGAGAGUCAGAUUAAUCGGUAGCCGCGUAACGCAUUUUUGUCAGAAUCACUGUACGCAUUACACAUACGUGAUUCUACAUAAAAUUGAUUGCAAAAUCUAACGGCACGGGGCCGAGUCGAAUAGAAUUUGCGGCUGCCAUACGUCGUUGCCGAUCAGACCAUGUUAACUUGGAGAAAUUUUUCUCUCUCCUUGAUGCAGCAAGAACACUGCGUGGCAAACGAAGGCUAUACACGCUAUUCGACAUUCCAGACAUACCGCGGUUCCCAUAAGACCGAUGGAACAUUUAUAUUUUAUUCCAGUUCAUCGCUUAUCCAUUUUCAUUUUCCAAUGUGUCUUUAAUUUUUUAAUAGAUAUAAAUUUUAUCCUUUUCGGUUAGAUCGUUGCACUUUUUUUGAUUCUUUCUUUAAAAGUAUGCACCAAUCUAACUGAUUGCGAAUAUAGAACAAUCAUAGAUAUAUCGAAAAUUUUCAGCGCGAAAAAAUGAGAUAAUUAUUUCUGGAGUAGAUGGUGAAUUUCCUACACGUAAUACACGCUUUUGUGUUACUUUCGUCGUGCAUUCGUCUAUUGAUAUUAUUGAUACUAGAAUACGAAGCUACCGAAUUACGAAAUUAAGUCACGUGAAAGACCCUGUGCAGUAGCUGAUGGUAUUUGGCACAAUAAUAAUUAGAUAUUCUAUAAAAAGACCGUGUGUAUGGGCAGGUCGGGAAUUGUAAUCCAAAUUAACUUUCGUCCCGAAUUAGAAUAAUUAUCUUCGUUUUAAUCCAUGGGAUGGGUUUGUACUAUAAAUGUCAGGUGUACGGACGGAUAGAAUGAAGUCCUGAGGAAACGGAUACUAAUAUAGAAAAGCUGGUGCCUGUGCACGUGGAAGUGGCGUAAGCAAAAAUAGCCAGCAAACUCGGAACGGCCGCGGAGUUGCGGUAACUGAUCAUAUAUCUGAGGUGGAUUAUGUUGUACGAAUCUGCAGGCGGUCGGAGAGGAAGAGAAAGAAGGAAAAAUUGAGCCGGAGGAGGUAAACCAAUUGUAAGAGAACCGCAUUGGAUUCCACGUGACUCGAUAGCGAAAGGAAGGGCCUCAUUAUUGUAUGUCUAUAUUACCAAUUCUUCGAGUCACGGGACUCACCACGCUUUUACCCGGCUAUCGGGCACGUGCAAGCAAUGUGCUCUCAAAGUAGGCACUUAUGUAUACCUACCCGUCCAAAGAUAGUCGUUUAUUUAUUUAUUUAUUUAUACGCUCCUUGCUUACCGUCGAGCAUUGUGCAAGGCUGAAUAUUGGAUCUACGAUCAACUAAAGCGGCGGUUAAGGUUUCAUCGUGAAAGUAUCUUUUGCUAUACGUACAUACGUACAUAUAUGUAUGUAUACAUACGUAUAAUAUUCCAAGGUUAAUUGUUGGUAAAAGAUUUCAGGAAUUUUUGCAACAUCGUCUUGUUCAAAUGACUUUGGUGUACGUAUCAAACCGGAACGAAGGGAAAUCAGAACGAUAAGAAAAUUUUAAAGUUAUACUGUUUUCAACUAUUUACUCGUGAUAUUGUCGCCCAUUCUCGACAUCACGUAUCAUUCGUGCAUAAUCACGACCGUCGUCGAAUAUCUGUUGAACCGAAUAAGUUAUUUAUUCAUUUUUUUUCGUACGGAUUUUUAUAAUAUUCAAAAUAGAGUCGUCGCAGAUCGUUUAAAUCGAGCGAAUUCGCGUGGUGACUUUUAUUUUUUAAAUAUCAGUGAAGAAUUAAUUCUUUGAUCUUUGUCUCGGUAGAGUUGUCGAUUUUAGAUCAAAGUUAAAAUUGCUUAUUUCUGUAGGGAAUUUGGAAUUUUUUUUUUUUUUUUUGGUUUUCUACAAGCUAAAACCAGGUCAUUUUAUCUACACGCAAGAGAAAUUUUGUUUCAUUUUUUUGUAUGUUUUCAACUACCAUUAGCCUAAAUUCUUUUACAAUCAGUCUUGAAUUUGGCUGAUUAUUCGGCGCCUUUCAUUGCAGAUAUAAUGCAAUAAUAUUAAUCGAUACUUCUACAGAAUCUGAACAUCAUAAAAAUAUUUUUAAAGUUGCGUGGGACUCGCGAUGCAGAUGCGAAAACCUAGAUAUUAGCGUCUGGAGUCUAGACGGAUAUCUUUGGCUGAAUAAAUUUAAUGCCGUCCAUGGGCUCCUCUUAUAUUAUUCCUGCGAAUUUAUGCACGCCUACCGGUUAUAAGUCGUAUGCGUGACAUUUUUUUUUUACCUCUUCUUUUUUUCUCAUUGGUAGACUUUUCUUGCGUGUGUAAUAAUUAUUUUCUACCGUACAUAUACUCACUGAACGAAAUAGCACGUGCGGGGAUUGCGGAGAAGCUCGUUGUACGAGUAGUAAAAAAAAGAAAAAGAAAAAAGCAAGACUCUAUCGCCAAAAGCCAGGUAAGAAAUCGGGUCAAGGUGUUGAACCUUGGAAAAUAUGGUAUACGCGUAUCGCUAUACCUUAUACACUAUAAAUGACAAGCUUUCAAACUUGCACACGUGUGGGACACGUGUUACAUACGCGCGAACAAUUCGAAAAACAAAUGACUAAUUUAAAAUCAACAUGGGAAAAAUUUCUUCACGCCGAUGAUAGAGGUUCGGAAAUUUUUCGGACCGAAAAUUAUGUCAGCAAUUUCCGUCUAAAAGUUUUUAUUAACUUCACGCGUUAACGACUUCUUAUUUUAUCGGAAAAAAACCACCAAAAUUCCGUAUGAAUUUUUGAAAUAAAAAUCAAACCGAUGUAUACUUUUACUUCAAUUUAUGUUAUUGCCCAGUAAGUUCUAAAUCAAUGAAUAUUACGUGUCAGUUAUAUAGUAGGUACGAGCACACGCGUGUUCCACGAAUCGGCGCGUGCAUCAAUGAGACAAUUAACAAUUAUUCCGGAGGCUACAGAUCCGCAGCAAUUGUAUUUGGUAUUCGCUGUGUGUGGUGCGUGGAAAACCCCUUCAUCUCAAUGUUCCGCUAUCCCUGUGAUAUCAGAUUGCGCAGCUAGCAGCUGGAACGUGACAUUAUAAGUUUGAAAUGAGGGGAAGAACAAAAGAUUUUUCAGCGUUUAAAUGGGCGUGGGUCUGUUAUCUUCUCAACUGCGUAAAUUAAGCAAUAAAAAUAGAUGAUACCUAUUCAUUAUUUAUAACUGCAUAAUUUAAACCUAAUUCGCAGUGGCCUGGAAAUAAAAUAAUACAGCCAUGUACGUGCGAGACGUAUCUCCACCGUUGUACGGAUCGAAAGGACGAAUUCAUUUAAACAUCGUAACGAACAUCUAAAAAACAAAGGAGAGGAACGCGAUAAAGAAAAACGUAAGAGGGGCAUCGGAUCCCUCUAGAUCGUUCUAUGCGACGAAUGCUGAUUGAAUAAUUUAUCUCGGUUUACGGAUCGUGUCCCGUCCUCCCAAUAAGACUAAAAUUAGGAAAACGAAGCGUUUCGGCGUCCGUUGUGUUCCUCGGACACCAAAAGGGUGGAAAUCCUAGCGGGUCUUGCAACGAUUUUGUUAUUUUUAACCCAGGGGAUCGUUUUCAAUAAGUCUCGUUAUUCAAGCUCCAUUAUAGCGCUUUAGGGCUACGAAGUCGUUAUACGGAUCGCACCGCGCUUACGAAUCGGUGGUCCUCGCGGGUUCCCGCGGUAGUAAACUACCGCAGCGGCUAUUAAUAAAUUUGGAACACGAAAAUAACUCUCGAAAUAUUUUCUCGCUUGACCCAAAGAGAAAAUGGGCACCUGAGUAAGUACGUCGAAUGAAAAAUUUUCAAACAGUGUUGGUAACUGGUGGCGGUGUGUAAGUGAGACGUCGAUUGGCUACUAUUUUCGACGUGCUGCAGCCGUGUGGCGUCGCGGAUUGUCGCCUCCCGUUCGCACCGAUGGUCGUCGUUGCAUAUUAUGAACUCAUUGUCAGCUGAAGUGCCGCCAAUCUCCGUUCCGCUGACUCGUACAUAAUUCAUAUUUAUAUAUGUAUACCAGUCUAUCUACAACCGCUCGCCUACUACGUCAUUUUAAUCGGCCAACAACGUGCCUCGCGUGACUUAUUUCUCUGAUAAUAUAUACGGGUUACAACUGUUUUCUCGUUGUUAUUGUUUAUUCAUUUAUUUAUUCUUCACAGAACAGUCGAAGAGUUUUUUUUUUUAAAAUGGCGCCCAGCGGAACGACGCUCCUCGAGAGUGGGACCGGAGCUUUUCUGUACUCGUGCAACAAAAUCCCACAUGACUACGGGGAAUGACUUUCUGCAUGCGUACAUACCUAUAUGUAUAUCCUAAUAAAUUGAUCUUGUUUUUUCCGAACGACUUUGAAAGAUUAUUUUUCAACUCAAAGGGAGUGAAAGCGUCGAUUACAAUGAAUCAUGAUUGCGCAAGUUGCGCUGUCGCGGUAACCGAAGGCCGAACAUAACGCGCGUCGGAAUACCCGCCGAUCGUGCAACCGGCUAAACAUUUUUAUUAUUGUUAUUAUUGUUGUUUUCUCUCUUGCUUUUCGAAUUCAUUUCUUUCGAUAUUCGAAUCCGCUUCAAUUCACCAAUUUCAAUAAAAUUUAUCAUCGAGAACGCAAGUAUAGAUGCUCGAGCGAUCGACUGUGUAUUAUAUUUCCGGUGAAACGCGCCAAGGUGAAUCUUUCAUUCAUGCGGUCGCAGUCGCGGCGGGAAAUCGCAUGAAUUAUUUAGUAUUUUUGCAGUGAUUGAGGUUUUUGUCUACUUGGAAGAAAAAAAAGAAAAAAAAGAGAAAAAUAAAUUCCAGCCACCGGAACGAACGGGGUCUCCUCGCGACUACCCCCCCCCCAGGAAACACCUAUUCGAACGUCGGAAAAAAAACGAGGAAAAAAACUCUUCGCCGAUGUAAAAUCUACAAUAUUAUCGAUUCGCGUGCGUCGUAUAUACAUGUACAUAACGUAUACGAUGUGUUUGUGAAAAAGAGGCACGUCGGUAUCUAUACGUGACUCCCUUAUGUUUUCGAAAGAGUCGAUACUCCUCUUGAUGUUCGAUAAACUCAGGGAUUCGUGGAUUUAUGAUUGUGCGCGAACUUAGUGAUUAUCCAUAAUCUAUAAUACGUGGUAGAAACGCUAGAUACGGGGGAUUCAUUGCGCAGGUUCGCGUUCGUUAUGAUUAUGCGUCUACAGUGUUCGAAGGCUGUAAUACGAAAGCUUUAAGCGGUCUUAUGUAAUUCUCAUAAAAGCACCUGUUCCCUCGCAUGUUCCAUUCGUAUGAAGUACUUUAAAAUAAUCUCCCGUCCCAUUCAACAGGUAGCGGCCGCACGAAGGCCGAUGUACCGCUAAUGCAUGCGAUUACAAGAUAUCGAAUCUCCUUAACGAUUGUCGAAUGAAUUAUCACCGGGACAAAUACACGCAUGCCCGCAUUCCCUAGCUCCGGUCAUAACUCUCGGUUUCCAUAUCGCAGACCCCGACUAGGAUCGAUGAAAUUUCGAAGGCGAUGCCACCCCGCUGCGCUCGAGCACCUGCGGACAUCUCCAAGUUUUUUGGGGAACGGAGAAAAAAGCUGCCCCGAACGUUUCACGCUUCGAACGGGACACCCGGUGGGAAAUGCAGGUGUAACGCAGGUUCAUAACGGAGCACACCCAAGCGGUAUAGUUUUACAUCGACACCCACUUAUUUUCAGAGAGCAAAGACAGAGAGGAGCGUUGCCGCUGCUGCCGCCGCUUGUGGUGCUUGAAACGGGCCGUAACGCAACGAGAGUGAGCGCGUGACGGGACACGUGACCGAGGGCACACGGUGCUCGCGUGACAGGCCCCGUGACGUCACGCGCACGUGUCACAUAGCGUGGCGACGCUCCUCGUCGUUUCAUUUGCCCUCCUCCUCUUUCCGCGACGCCUCCGGGAGCAGCUAGCCGACUACCUAAACGGUUUCCAGUACCGUACCUCUUCGACGCUCACGCUAUCUCCGAAAGUCGAAGAAAUUUUCGUACGCCCCGCCUCUCCGCGUUACGGCGUCGGAAGACGGUGAGAUAAAUUUCGUACGCGAUUCGAACGACGACUCCCUUCGCUAUUCGGGCGUUUGAAAAAUUUUUUUUUUGCCCGAAGAGUCGGGAUCGGGUGCGUUUUUCACGAUUACAUUUGUCGUCUUUCGAUUGCACAUUACGGAAAUUGAGAAUCGCUUCGAGCCCCUUUUUCUCGAUAUUUCGACGCUUCCCACGGAGAUGUGAUAUUAUUCGAUCCGCGAAUACGCUGCCGAAGAUCGAAUGAAAAUUCGUAGAGCUUUUAACGCUGCGAGAAAACCUGCGGAACCUGAAAUUCACGUGCCUGAAAAUGUCGAAUAAAUGAAUACCGAAAGCCAUCUUUUUCACCUACGCGAAGAUCUUAAACUUAUUCUUACACUUUUUAUUCCUCAAAACUUUCUCCCGGUUAAUAGUUCUUAUUAUCCUUUUCGUAUACGUUACAAUGCAAUAUUACUGACGUGGCGCAACAUAUAACUUCGCCCGCGUGGUGGUCACAAUAUCACGGAUGUAACGGGAUGUCGUAAACUCGUUUAGAUCCUACGAGUAUAAGGUGCCUACGAGUAUAUCCGUGCACAGGUGCAAUUGUAACGAGUUAUUUCUGAGCGCGUAAAAGAAAAAAAAAAAAAAAAAUGCAAAAAACAAAAAUCACCGAAACUACGAGCUGAAAAAUUUCUACAAUUGUACCUCCGCUACGAUAAGUUGUCGUAAAAAUUUUUUGUCAAAUGUUGCACAUCGCUGAAUCAUAUGUCAACCGAGUAAAGAAUAGAAUAGAUUUGGUACGGAGCAGCGACUGCACAAAAAAUUGAACAGAACCGAUCCACGUCGUAGGUAAUCGGGUUGACAGUUUCAGGCACAUCUCGUUUAAACUUAGAAACGGAUGGGAGGAAUUUCAUUGUAGUAUAAUUUUGCAAGUUGGAUAUGUACCAGGUACACCUGGACGGGCACCGACAAUGAGUGGGAAAGUGGCGAACGACGACCCUACGUUAAUUCUGAAAAUAGACCGUUUCUCGCACGAAGGAUAAACAGGUUCGGGUCGUAGUCCGGUUCAGGUUUACAGAAGCGAUCUCCGCUGAUUGAAAUUAAAUGAAUAAACAGAUGAAAAAUUGGGGAGACCUCGUGGCUCCGGAGGAUCUAGAGGCGCACCUGUCUCUCACAGUCAGUCGCUGCUCCCACCAGAUCACUGCAUGCCAAGCCCCGGCUCCGAACUCCCGUCGUCCCGUCAUGAGAAUCCAACUACGAAGCGCCCGCGCGUAUACCGUACCCUGCUUGCCAGCCAUCGACACGCGUGGUGCGCACCGUGCUCUUUAAAUUACCAUUUAAAAAUCACGAACGACGACAAAAAAAAAAAAAAAAAAAAAGGUUCAGAAUUCGCCGGCAAACAAGUGCCAAAAAAGUGCGACAUUCAGACCAAGAAAGAGAGCCAAGAAAAUCCCAGCCGCAGCCCGCACACCCUUAAAUUUGGAAGAAAAGAUACAUACAAAUAAAACAUCCCUUACCAAGUGGAAGCGAAAGACACCAUUUCUCGCAGUGCGAACUUUUUGAACUUGAUCUGAAAUAAAGUACGAAAUUAUUUGUUCCCCACCUCUUUUAUUUUCUUUCUUCAUUCAAUUCCCUUUUUUCCACAUAUAGAGAAAGGAAAAAGAAAUCAAUUCAGAUAUCGCAGGUGAUUUGGAAUCCGAUCAAGUUUCACCGGCUCCUAAGAAAAUCUUGCUCUUCAAGUGUUCGUGUAACUGUGGAAUUUUCAUUUCAUCGGGUUUUUCCGACUUUCUCGAUCAGCUGAGAUUGUUUUUGGUGAAAAAAUUUUCAACAGACACAUGCGCACAUAGGUCGAUAAAUUAUCAAUUAAUUACAGGGAAUACAAAAAAUUGA